AUGUCAGGAAACGCUACGGUAGAAGUGGAGAGCACCGGGAAAGGAGGUGUACUAUUCCGGACGGUGAGGGUUAAGACGGGUCUGCCGAUACGGUGUUACUAUCUCGCCAACUUCGUGGAUUGCGUUGCUGCUGUGAGGGCUAAUCCCAAGAACAUGAGGGGCAUGGAUGCUACGGUAGAAUUGAUGACGCAGGCGUAUGAUGCUGGUGGAGUAGCGUAUGAUGCUGGUGGAGUAGCGGAUAUACUGCCAUAUCGUCCGGAAUCUCUGGGGGAAACGGUGUAUAUCCGAAGCCUCAUGGCCAACUGGACUGCAGUUGAUGAUAUUUUGGGGCAUUAUUCGGUAUCGUCAUUGGUGUAA